UUUGUUGAGAGGAUUCAAUCAGCCCGCCCUGCUCAGUCCAGCCUGCUUCCUUAAAGGGCGCGGCUUUGCCUUGUUCUCGUCUGGGCAGACCCAGAGCAGGCCGGAAGACAGCUCUGUGUAGAGUGACCGUCGCCCUGACCCGCAAGCGCUUUUGACCUUCAUCACGAUUGGAUAGUCCCUCUAAGCCGAGCCGGAUCCAAGGCCAGAGCCAAGAGAGCUUUCUCUUUCUGAACCCCACGCUCGGCUUGAGAAGUGAAGCACCUGGUGAAGUGAGGUUGUUCAGUCCUGUCCGACUCUUCAUGACCCCAUGGCAUAGCACAUCAAGCCCUUCUUAUCCUCCACUGUCUCCCGAAGUCUGUCCAAGCUCUUGUUAGUUGCUUCCAUGAUACUAUCUAUCCAUCUCGUCCUCUGCUGUCCCUAUUUCCUUUCUCCUUCAAUCCUUCCCGUCUGUGAGAUUUUCUUCAAGGGGACUUAUUUGGGAUACACAAUGUCCAUAGCAUUAUUAGAGAGAUACGUGGCUGCCAUGGUACUAAGUGCAGUAGGUGACUCCCUGGGAUAUUUCAACGGGAAAUGGGAGUUCCUCUUUGAUGGUGAGAAGAUCCACCAACAGCUUGCUGAACUUGGAGGAUUGGAUGCCAUCAAUAUUGAAGGCUGGAGAGUCAGUGAUGACACAGUGAUGCACUUGGCAACGGCAGAAGCCCUCAUUGCUGCUGGGAAAGAAGAGGACUUGACCCGGGUGUAUUCCCUCAUAGCAAGAAACUACAAAGAAUGCAUGAAUGACAUGAUUGGCCGAGCUCCAGGUGCUGCCAGUGAGAACAAUGCCUUGAAGCUAAAGCCAGAUGAACCCAAUGGAUGGAGGAUUCCAUUCAGCAAAAAGGAGGGAGGCUGUGGUGCUGCCAUGCGUGCCAUGUGUAUCGGACUAAGGUUCCCACACCCUGAACAACAGGAUAUUCUGAUCCAAGUGAGCAUUGAAAGUGGCCGCAUGACCCAUCACCAUCCCACCGGCUACCUUGGGGCUGUUGCCUCUGCUCUUUUUACCUCUUAUGCAGUGAAUGGCAAACCCCCUCAAAAAUGGGGAAGGGGAUUGAUGGAGGUGCUACCAAAAGCUCAAAAGUACAUUGUCCAGGCUGGCUAUUUUGUGAAAGAGAAUCUUGAAUCCUGGGACUAUUUCAAAGAUCAAUGGGAAAAGUACUUGAAACUUCGAGGGAUUUCAAAUGGUGGACCGCCUAUAUUCCCAGAGUCCUUUGGUGUGAAAGAGAGAGAUCAAUUCUAUAAGUCAGUGAGUUAUUCUGAUUGGGGAGGCAGUAGUGGACACGAUGCCCCCAUGAUUGCCUAUGAUGCCAUCCUUGCUGCCGGAGACUCUUGGAAGGAACUUGCCCACCGAGCUUUUUUCCAUGGUGGGGACAAUGACUCCACAGCUGCCAUUGCUGGCUGCUGGUGGGGGGUCAUGCAUGGAUUUAAAGGGGUUAGCCCCUCCAACUAUAAAAAAAUAGAAUAUAAAGAUAGAUUGGAAAAAGCAGCCAAGGCCUUGUAUGCUCUUCAGUCAAAAGAAAGUUCAACAAUUAACCUUUAGGGAAAACAUGGAUCUUUCCUAAUUGGUUAUAACUCUUUAUUAAGAAAGAAUGGCCUUUCACAUAGUAGGCACUUAAUAAAUGUUUAUUGACUGAUUGAUUGACAAUAUUGCCUCGCUUUUUCCAAAGUUGAGGUUUAACUAAAUAGUCAAAGAAUUUUAAAGUGUUAAGUUGCAUUACCUUUGGAAGAUUAUUUAUGCCCAUUUUUUUCUCUGGACCAUAUACAAUUUUAUACCAGCCUCCAUACUGUCAUUACUCUCUCUCAUUCUUUUCUUAAUUAAUUAAUUAAUAUCUUAAUACACAUUGCUUUAUGAAACAUGUUGAGAGAGAAAAAUGAGAGCAAAAGGGAAAAACUACGGGAGAUUAAAAAAACAGGGGAAAAAAGUGAAUAUAGCAUAUGUUCAUUUAGACUUGAUCUCUAUAGUUCUCUUUCUGGGUGCAAUAGUUUUCUGUCCAAAAUCUAUUGAGAUUGCUUUGGACUGUCAUUGCUCUCUUGAGCUCCAAAAGUAACAUAGUUGGAACUGAAAGUAAUCUGAUCUAGUGUUUCAAGAGAGAAAGUGGAGGCAGUAAGAUCUUACCCUUGCUUUCUUUGCAAAUCUCACUUUUUGUCAACUGCAUGUUUCAAAUGAAAGAGACAGAGAAAUGAGGUGGGAGGGAAGAGAAGAGAGGGAGAGGGGAAGGAAAAGGAAGGAGAGGAGCAGAGCUAAAAUAAAAGAACAGAAUCAGUAUUUUGAAUUUCAAGGGUCCUCAGACAGAUAUAUUAACAUAUCUCUAUUCACUUAGGAGUAUAUUAAGCUUGAAGAACAAGGGGCAAAACAGGUGAAACCAUGAUUUUGUUUAAAUAGCCUGAGUGGUUGCUGAAUAAUACCAGUGGCAGAUACGGGAUGAUAGAAUCUGUGCCCUUGUGCUGUAUCUCAAAAUUGACUGUUGCUUGGUUUCAAGCCACCAUUAAAAUGUUUGCAGUGGCAGAGAACAUCAAAGUUUCUUUGUUUCACAUGGCUUUGUCUUAUUUCCUGACAGCAGGGUAUAUGUUCCAACUAUCCAAUUACGUCUACUAAGACACGAAUUGGAACUGUCUUUUAAAAGAAAGAACACCAGAUCAGAGAGUCCACUCCUCUUUGAUUUAAGUGUACAAAUAUGGUUGAUAUGUACACUGUUUUAUCAUUUGAGAGAAUAAACUUUCAAUGUGUGAAUGGAGGGGGAAACAAAAAAUAAAGAAAAAAUUAAAUCUCAGCUGAUCUUGGGAUGCCAUGCUGAUUAGAUUAGUGACCCACAAAUACAAGGAAGAGAGAGAAUGUCAAGACUAUUUUUGCCUAUGGAGGACAUAUGUCACUGCUGUUUUGCUUCUGUAACCGCAUUUGCAUAUGUGUGACAGGCGCUGGGAGAUGCAAAAUUAUGGUGAAAUAGAUUCCCCUGCCCUCAUGAAGUUUAAAACCCAAUAGCAUGUGAGUUGACAGAGGAAUUUCUUCAGCCAUGCUUGUUCAAGCUCAUCAUAUACUGCUUUAUGUAUUUUGAAGCAAAACACGUGUAGAACUAUGAUUGUUGUCUGCAAUUGAUGAGGGCAUCCAAGAGAGUUGGGAAUGAAAUGACAUUUUCUGGGCAUUCAUUCAUAACAAAAUAUUUUGGCCUGCAGCAUUUUCAUAGACCCCACCCACAUGUAUCGUUCUUGUUCCCAUCAGCUCCACCGGACCAUACCCACUUCCUAUUACUCACCCUCUGUCUCACAAAUGUACACAAUGUCUCACUAAAACAUUUGCCAGCUACAAGAUUCUUUGAAGAAACUUUAAUGUUCCAUGGAAUAAAAAGAGACUGGAAAGGA